GCACGGGGUGGUGGUGGUGGGGGGUUGUAGCCCCACUUCUGUGCCUUGCUGACGGCUCCCUCUGCUCCUCCCUGCAGGUCGGUUUCGUGCCGAUAACCUGAACAAGCUGAAGAACCUGUGCAGCAAAACAAUCGGGGACAAGAUGAAGAAAAAAGAACCCGUGGGGACCGACGAGUCUGUUCCGGAGAGCGCGCAGAACCUGGACGAGCUCACGGCUGACAUCCUAGGGGGGCUGCAGGUGUCACAGAUCAAGAAGGUUCGUCUCCUGAUCGACGAAGCCAUCCUCAAGUGCGACGCCGAGCGCGUCAGGCUGGAGGCAGAGCGCUUCGAGAGCCUCCGGGAGAUCGGGAACCUCCUCCACCCCUCGGUGCCCAUCAGCAACGACGAGGAUGUGGACAACAAGGUGGAACGGAUCUGGGGUGACUGCAGCUGCAGGAAGAAGUAUUCCCACGUGGACCUGGUGGUGAUGGUGGACGGUUACGAGGGAGAGAAGGGAGCCGUCGUCGCGGGGAGCCGGGGCUACUUCCUUAAGGGUCCCCUGGUGUUCCUGGAGCAGGCCCUGAUCCAGUACGCCCUGCAGAGCCUCCGCGCCAAGGGCUACACUCCCGUCUACACCCCCUUCUUCAUGCGGAAGGAGGUGAUGCAGGAGGUGGCCCAGCUCAGCCAGUUCGACGAGGAGCUGUACAAGGUGAUUGGCAAGGGCAGCGAGAAGGCGGAGGACAGCUCCAUCGACGAGAAGUACCUCAUCGCCACCUCGGAGCAGCCCAUCGCAGCCCUGCACCGGGACGAGUGGCUGAAGCCGGAGGAUCUGCCCAUCAAGUACGCGGGGCUGUCGACCUGCUUCCGCCAGGAGGUCGGCUCGCACGGCCGGGACACCCGCGGCAUCUUCCGCGUCCACCAGUUCGAGAAGAUCGAGCAGUUCGUCUACGCCUCGCCGCACGACAACAAGUCGUGGGAGAUGUUUGAUGAGAUGAUCGCCACGGCCGAGGACUUCUACCAGUCCCUGGGCAUCCCCUACCACAUCGUUAACAUCGUCUCGGGCGCCUUGAAUCACGCUGCCAGCAAGAAGCUGGACCUGGAGGCUUGGUUCCCGGGCUCAGGGGCUUUCCGGGAGCUUGUGUCCUGCUCCAACUGCACCGACUACCAGGCGCGCCGCUUGCGCAUCCGCUACGGGCAGACCAAGAAGAUGAUGGACAAGGUGGAGUUUGUGCACAUGCUCAACGCCACGAUGUGCGCCACGACCCGGACCAUCUGCGCCAUCCUGGAGAACUACCAGACGGAGGAGGGCAUCCUCGUACCCGAGAGGCUGCGGGACUUCAUGCCCCCAGACCUCCGAGAGAUGAUCCCGUUUGUGAAGCCGGCCCCCAUCGAGCAGGAGCUCUCCAAGAAGCAGAAGAAGCAGCAGGAGGGCAGCAAGAAGAAGUCGGCAGGAGGAGAGCGGGUGUUGGAGGAGCAGAUGCAGAACAUGGGCGUGAACAGCGCCUAAAUGCUGGCCCCGGGGCCGCCGUCGAGGCCUCCUGAAUCAUCUCGGCUUCUUCCCCGGCUCGGGCUGCGCCCAUCCAUCAUCACCUCUGCUUCGGGGCCCCGUCUGCAUCAGGGAGCUGCUGGUCACCGCCCGGCCCCCCCGGCACGGAGCUCCGGGAUGAAGAACUGACAGUACCGGGGCUCCGGCCCCCCCGUCCCCGUCCACCCCCCGAGCGGGGCCAUGUGCCCCUGGGUCGCUGCCCUGCGGGCUCAUCCCAGGGGUGGAAACUUUCCUCUCCUUCAAUCCAAUAAAGCAAAGCUGCUGAGA